CUGUUUAAAAAAAAACCACCUAAAUUAGGAGCUACAAAAAUGCUCUUUACCCCCAAUUUUCUAUGGUGUUAAUCGCACCUGACCUUAGGUCUUUAUUUCUCAGCGCGGCAACGCGAUCAGUGCAGUCUUCGUUUAUCAGUAAUGGUUUGAGUGCUCCGGUGGUUGGCUUAGUACCUCAAAUCCGUCAUAUACUGCUCCAAUGCUCUAUUACAAGUCUACAUUUCUAUCUUGACAUUCUACACAAGAUUCUCUUACCGGAAAUCGUCGCCACAGCUUAUUAAUCUCAUUGGCUGUAAAGAGUUGCAUGCACGGAUUAAGAGCCGGUCACAUAUGCACGGCGCUUCCGGAAUUGGGAAAAGGCAAUUCUUGGAGUGAUGGCUUCUAUCGCUGCAAACUCGGCAACAUGGCCAACACCUACAUCGGGCAGCCCGCUACCAAUAAACGGCGUAGUCAACGGCAAUUCAGGUGGGCUCAGUGCUCAUGAGCAGAACGCGUCUCCAAUAUCGCAACAGCCACCACCACCGCCGCCCGCCCUUCCGGUUCCGAGUAUAGGAUCCGCAUCCCCGGCCACACCGUUGCAAACACUACCACCCUUGGCUUUGCAAACGCAAAUCAGUACUCAUGCGCCUCCACAACCACCUCUCUCUGUAGAUGGAAUUGGGUCGCCUACUUGUGACCACCAUCGAGUACUUCCAAAGUUUACUGAGGACAACUCCAGACUUACACAUGCUGUGCAGCAGUCUGUCCCGGAAGCCGUUAGAAGAGUAGUGAGAGACAAUUGGCAGAAGACUUUACUGGGUACAGAAUUCCACCAAGCCUUUGUGAUGAAUGCCGUUAUCCAUCACGCGAAUGGUUUAAUCUUCAAACGCGCAAUCAAAGACUUUGGCCAUAAAAUGGUUUCAGAAUCAAAGCACGAAGUCAUCGAGCACUUCGCUGCCAAAGAUCUAGAUGAUGUCGCCGAUAUCAUCUUGGAUAAGGCAAGUGACGAAUUUCUGGACAAGGCCCUUGAAAAACGAUUGGGGACUAUUGAUGCGCGGUCUCUGAUAAAUGCGUUGGCUCGUGCUGAACGACUAGGCUAUGAGAAUAGUGAUGCAAUGGAUGUGGCGAGACCUGAUCCCUCGCCAACAAGGGCUGAGCCAUUUCCUUCUGCCUCAAGUCCCGGAUUACAAGCACCAUAUCAACGACUAGCCCCUCAACCCGUAUCAACAGGGUCUAAUGCAAGUCAAGAGAGACGGGGAGGUCUUCACCGACCAAUCGCUCCGGACUUGCAAUGUCGCCUAUGCUGGCGCAAAUUCAGUGCACCAGCACCUUAUGAAUAUCAUGUCAAGAAGCAACUUUGUACCAAGACACCUCCUACUUCAGCCGGCUUUGACUUUUCAUGUGAGCACUGCGGUGCCGGAUUCAUUACCCACGUGGGUCAACAAUAUCAUUCCGCAAACAAAGUGUGUGGGCACCAUGGUAUCGCUGCUGCAACACCCAAGGACGAUGUUAUUACGGCGAACACCCCCGUAGUAGCUUCAGGUCGAAACAGCCCAGCGAUGCUUGUCUCUUCCACAAUGCAGACACCACAGAGAACUCUACAAGUGACAAAUCCUGUACCUGUGUCCACGGGGACACUGCCAGUUCCUGAGACCGCUCACCAGUACAAUCAUACCACGGCGCAAACACCGAGAGCUCCACCUCCGCCUCCACCUCCGCCAUCGUCUGCUGGCGCAUUCUCUGACGAUCCGUACGCACAUUUGACUCCUCAGACUCGUGCAAGACUAGACGAUGAGCUUCUUGCUGCAGAACAAUCUUAUGCACCUCGCUUCAAAGCACUCGAGGCAGUCGCGGAUCUCAAGGAGCGCAAAGACAAGAUGGACGGUCUACAGAACAGCUUCAGCACUAAGCAGAGCAUCAUUCGGAAGAAAUAUGGCGUUAGACUACGUAAACGUCGUACCGCUGCAGAAAUUGACGCAGAGCGUAUCCGUAUUCAACAAUGGGGCAGCACGCCCAGCGGUAAGCGUCAACGGAUUGACUCGGGGGCUGGAAGUCCUGCAGUAUGGCGUGUUACUCAACAACAACCUCCGAGUCCGACACCUCCGGCCUCGACAACGCCCCCAGCUGUUCGAGUUCCGCUUAGCAACCAAACGCCAGUGGCUGACAUGAGCUCGGCGGAACUGAGAGACAUAAGCGCAACAGCGGCUACGACGGAUUUUACUAUUGCGAGUUCGGAAAAUACCAUACCACGCGCUCCAGCGCCUGGCCGCAGUCUCUCAUCGAUGCAGCGGAGUGGUUACCGAAUCAGCACACACAACUCACGACAUUCCGUGUCAGCGGAGCAGACCCCAGAACCGGAAGAGCAAGAACCGCCGGCUGUCAGAUCAGACGUGGCCAUUGAUCCACCAACUGAGUCACAGACACCUUCGAUGCAGCCUCCAAAGCGCAAUGGCUCAGCGACUGAGCCUUUUGUUCUCGAUGAGUCGAGUUCGGAGGAUUCCGAUUCCGAUGAGGAUAUACCCGCACAUGUUCCGCCCAGUCGGCCUGCCAGCAACUAGCCUCUAACAAGCAGUCGAGCAUUUUACGGCUAUCGUUCAUGAAUCACUAUACUGAGCCGGCGUCAAGGAUGGUGAAGCACAAGUCAGCACGUUCGUACUGGGUUGAAUACGGAUGAAUUGUUGGAUAUUCCGAUUUGUGCUUCAG